AAGGAUCAGGGAGGUGCUGUGCUGCCUGGGGCGCUGGGUUUGGUGACCUUGGUGAGAGGCUUAAGGGGCCAGAAACGGAUUGCAGCGGGUGGUGGAGUGAAGGCAGGGAGAGCAGUGGAGCCAUCCACUGUCGACAGUGCUUGUGAAGGGCAGGGGACAGUUUCGACAGUAACUGCAGGAGGGAUGUUGGUUCAAGGGAGAGACAGACGCCUUUCUUCUUUUAUGGAGGAGAUGAGUGAUGUGUUUAAGUGCUAAUGGGAAGAAGGAUCCAGAAAAGUGGGAAAAGCAGAAUGUGCAGGUGUGAGAGGGACUCCCGAAUGUACAGGUUGUGAAGAGUGACACUGAGUUGUGCAGGAGUGCGGCUCGCCUCGGAGAGCGCACAGGAAGAGGAGGCAGCCUGUGGGCAGCAGGGGCCGGUGGCUUUCUUUGCUCUCCGCCACACAGAAUGUGAGGAAAGCAGCGGUGGGAUCCCCCUGUGGAGGAUGGGGAGCUGACUUGGGAAAGGGAGGCUCACCAGGCUGGGCAGAGGGUCCGUCUCCUGUUGGAGUCCUUGACUUUACAAUGAUCUCAGUCUGGGUGGAUUUCUACCGUGCGUGGUGGGAUUUCAGACAAAAAGCUGUCUUGAGGAGGCUAGGAAAUCUUCACUACUCUCAAAAUUAUUUUUAUAUGCUGCAUAAAACAGAAAACACUUUAAAGUUUUGGUCGUUUUAUUUACUAUUGUAAUUAGCCACUUACACCUGGGGACAUUUGAUGCCAAAGGUCCAGUAGAGCUGUGGCUUUUUCUUGAAUCCAUCCCAACUCCUUUUCUGCAUCAUGAUUUGUUGGUCCGACCUUUCUAACACUGAGGGGACUGAAACCAGCUUUCAUUCGGGGACUCAGAUCUUUCAGGAGAAAUUCCUGAGCAUUUCCCAUGUUCCUCGUGUAACUGGCCUCCAGCUGUGACCAGCAGGCCAUGCCUUGGCUGAGCCCUACUGGAAAUGCUGUUUGGUCUAUGAUGCCAAAGAGAGGGACUCUUCAAGUUCCUGUAUGUAGCACACAUCAUUCUUGCAGGUCUUCUCAUCAACCUGCAGGAGUGGUGUAUCACUAUUUCCAGAUGUCUGUGGGGAAAAUAGCCCCUGAGAUUGUGGCGGAGUCAUCACAGGACAUAAGCCCCAGACCAACAGGAAGACAGAAUGAUUCUGCCCCCAAGGAGGAGACCAACACCUUGCCUCAGGAGGAAGGGCAGGAAAAGCAAAAGGUCCAACAGGAAGUUGCUGAAUAUCCAUCUGGUAAGACUGCUUGCUCAAACCUGCUGCAAAGGGGCUUCUGUGAUAGCAAGGAGGAAAGGCUAUGGGGCUGGGCCCCUCAGCUCCUGCGAAAGGAAAGUUCUGGGAGGGCUGGUUUCCUGCCCCUGACACUCCCAAGAUGCAGAGCCUUGAAUGAGAAGGGAUCUAAUAAACCCUGGAGUUCCUGCCUCUACUGGUCCAGUGCCUCCUUUCAGGGGCCCCACAGCUGCUCAAACAAGCCCCAUCUGCCUGCAUCUGCACAUUCUCGACAGCUCCAGGGACACUGCUUCCUGCCCAGACUUGUCCCCCUAGUGGACACUCUGCAAGUGGCCCGUGUAGGACCUGGCAACUCUCUGACUCAGUGCCAGGUACCAGGCCAUGGCCUAGCAUGCUGCAAGCUGGGGAGCUCCCUGUCCCAAGGGCACUUACUAAAGUGGUUAUGGAGACCCUAGUUGAGAUGCUGCAGGGUUCUUGGGAGAAGAGGCCUUGGGUCGCUUCUGCUCUGUCUGGAGUUCCCUGUCCCAGGCUGUCUCAUGAACAGGGAAGCAGAUGGUACUUACUCAGCCUUGGGUGCUGUCUCCAUGGCAGAACAUGCCAUGAGGGAUGGGGACAGAGAUGAAAGAAACUGGUUCUUGCCCUAAGUUGGGUGGACUCCAGGACAACAAGGGUCGUAGGCCCAGAAGUCAGAGGAGGAAGACAGGCAUUGACAACCAUCUGGUGCAAACUCCUCAGUGGCAAAAGGGCAGCAGAAGCCCAGGGUGGAAGGGAGGGCCCCAGAGUUUGUGCAGUGUAAUGGCACAGCGAGGUCUAGAAGCAGGGUCUCUAUCUCUCUGCAGCCCACCUUACCUACUUCUCUGCCUCCCUCGUAGUCACACGGGUUGCACCCUCUCCCUAGGCCCCCACAGGCUCAUCCCCUAAUCUGACCUGGCCACUUAGAAGGUGGAGCCCUGGCCUGCAGCCCCAAGUGUCCUCUAACUCUAGCCAGGCCUGAGAAGCAACUCUACACUACAAGGGGCCUGGACAUCCACAUCUCUGAGGGGCCAGGAACUAAGACCAAUCUUGUCUUCUAGUGACACAGGGAGGUGGCUCACUCCUGGGCUCCCUCCAGGCCUUCCCAUGAAACUUCUGACAGAGCCCUGGUGUCAAUCCCUGCCUUCCUGAUUUCUCCACCUCUCUGGGGUGUCAUAUAAGAAGUUAGAUUACAGAUCUGAUGCCUGGCUGAGCACUGGCACCUGGUGUGUUGUAGGUGCAGUUGGAGCUGAAACCAGGGCCUCCAGCUGGAGUCCUCCUAUU